AUGUCUCCCCGGCAUUCGAUAUCUCAUGACCCCGAAGGGGACAUUGACAAGAGCCAUGUCGACAAUGUCGAAGUCGUUCAAGAGACCGCCAACUCAAACAGGCCUAACCCUAGAAAGGAGGCACCUGCGUACGUUGCAGGCCUGACGCCGGAAGAGCGUGAACAGGCAGAGAGAGCCCUCGUCCGCAAAAUCGACAUCCGGCUGCUGCCAAUGACCAUUAUCAUGUACAUCCUCAAUUAUCUCGACCGGAACAAUAUUGCUGCGGCUCGACUUGCUGGUCUUGAAAAGGACCUGGGCUUGGUGGGAGUACAAUACCAGACCUGCGUGAGCAUUCUGUUUGUUGGAUACCUCUUGAUGCAGAUCCCCUCCAACCUGUUGUUGAACAAGUUUGGCAAACCUUCUCUUUACCUUCCCUUCGCCAUGAUACUCUGGGGUAUAAUCUCUACCUGCACCGCCGCUGCUCAAAACUAUGCUGGACUCGUGGUGAUCCGAUUCUUCCUGGGUUUUGUGGAAGCUGCAUACUUUCCCGGAUGCCUUUACUUCCUCAGUGCUUGGUAUACUAGAAAGGAACUGGGGUUCCGUACUGCGGCUCUCUACUCCGGAUCGUUGAUCUCAGGUGCCUUUUCCGGCUUGAUCGCCGCCGGUAUUACGGGAAAUAUGGAUGGAAAGCUUGGGCUUCGAGCAUGGCGCUGGCUGUUUAUCAUCGAAGGAGCUAUUACUAUCGUGAUUGCCCUUAUCGCCAUCUUCGUCCUGCCCAAUUUUCCACGAACGACUACUUGGCUUUCAGAGGAGGAGAAGCAGCUGGCUACAUGGCGACUGGAAGAGGAUAUUGGUGAGGACGACUGGGUCGACAGCGAGCAGCAAUCCUUCCUACAUGGAGCCAUGCUGGCUUUCAGCGACAUAAAGACCUGGAUUUUGAUGCUACUAAUCCUCUGCAUCGUCUCCUCGGCCUCCGUGACAAACUUCUUCCCCACCGUCGUUGAAACACUCAACUACGGCAAAAUUGAGACCCUUCUCCUCACCGCACCUCCUUAUGUUCUCGCUGUCAUAACUGCCUUCGCCAACGCCUGGCACGCUGACCGUACAGGCGAGCGUUACUUCCACAUCACAUUACCCUUGUACCUCGCCGUUGCAGCGUUCAUCAUCGCCGCAACAACCACUAGCGUUGGCCCACGCUACCUGUCCAUGAUGCUGAUGGUCCCUUCGCUAUACACUGGCUACGUCGUCGCGUUAGGCUGGAUUUCAAACACGCUUCCCCGUCCUGCUUCGAAGCGUGCUGCUGCUCUCGCUGGAAUUAACUGCGUGAGUAACGCCAGCAGUAUCUAUGCUAGUUACAUGUACCCGGAUAGCGAUAAGCCGAGAUUUGUCACUGCCAUGUCCGUCAACUGUGCCACCGCAUUUGUGGCUAUCCUCUCUGCUACCGCGCUGCGAAUUAUUCUCGUCCGAUUGAACAAGAAGCUUGAUCGUGGUGAGGGUAUCAGUGGCGGUGUACCAGGCCAGGCCUCUGCUAGAGGAUUCCGCUUCUUGGUCUGA